AUGUCAGAGAUUAGUGGAAGAGAUAGAGAGCUAGAUAGAGAAGGACAGAAGCUUCGUUGUUUGAUCGAGAUAGAGAGAAGAUAUGAAGAAGAUAGAUAAGAAGAAAAAAAAAAGAGGAAAGAAGAAGAAGAAGAAGACAGACAGAAGAAAGAAGAAGAGAAAGUAGAAGAGAGAAAGAUUCAGCAGAUCAGCUUAGUUAGAGAGAGAAUUAUAGAAGAAAGAGAAGAGAUAGAUAGGGAGAAGAUGAGGGUUAGAAUAGAUAGUAAAGAGAAGACAGAGAAAGAAGAUAGAUUAUUAGAAGAGAAAGAAAAGAAGAUAGAAGAAGAAGAAGAGAGAAAAAAGAAUUUAAGAGAGAUUUCAGUUAAGAGAAUUAGAUAAGAGAAUAAGUAGAAGAGAGAAGAGAUAAAGAAAGAAAAGAAGAGAAGAAAGGAGUAG